AGACGUGAAGAAGAGAGAAAGCAGACGUUGUGAGUUUAGUUGUUUUCGAGUUUGUGUGGUAAUUACAGUAUAUUCGUAAAUCUUGAAAAAGAUUAGGAGGCACCUGAUCCCAGAAAAGAUCAAGACUUAACCAAUGCUAACUGGAGUACAUAAGACAAAUCUCCAGUUGACGCUGACUGUGUAACCUUAUAUUUUUGGUUUGGCUGCUAGGCUCAAACUCAUUCAAAAAUGAAUUGGGAAAUGAAGUCUUAUUGAAUAUUAUAUAGAGAUCAGCUAAAUAUCAUAAGGACUUGAGGAUGAUCAAGGCCUUAUAUCACCAUGUCUCUUCUCAACAAGAAGCUUCUCAUCCUUAUGUUUUGUGUUUUAACGCUGUUAAUGAUUUCUUAUCUUUCUCUUCGCCUAAAAAGUGACACAGAUUUCAACUUAGAAUCGGACAAAAAAAGAAUCAAGUUUUCCUAUCGCAAAAAAGCACUUCUAUCCAAUUCUGGCCUUAAUUACAAGCAAGGAGAUCAUGUUGUAGAUGGAAUUGUAUAUAGUUCCUUUGGGAAUCGGGAAAAUAAUACAUUAGAUGAGUUAUCAUUUGAGGAUGCAUUUCAAAAUGGAGCUGAUAACGAUGUUAGAAAUCAUUCAAAACCUGAAAUCGAAUCAAAAUAUACUUUUAACAAACAGAAAGAAUCUGGAGUUAUGACGGAAUAUUUAAUAGCAAAUAAAGAUCCACGAUCCGAACGUCUACUUAAGAAGGUGUUCAGUACGAUGAAUGAUGAUUUGUACCAUAAGUUUUUUACAAGGAUUAAAUACUUUGAAAUUAAAAAUCGCAUGACUUUCAAGCAGUUGCCACCUCAAGGGAAAUGGAAGUUGUUAAUAUCAACAAUGAAGGAGCUUGGCUACGAACAGAAGUUACCAAAAAUUAUUAAUAUUGGCUCCAAAAAGAGCGGCACGAAUGCAUUUGGGUUUUUCUUUCAACAGCAUCCGGAAGUUUGCCACUCACUAGGCAAUGAAGUUCACUAUUUUGAUUGGAAUCAUGAAAAGGGUACGGGGUACUAUAAAUCAAGGAUGGGAUUCGCUACAAAAGACCAAAUUAGUUUUGAGAAAACACCACGUUAUUUUGUAACUGAAGACGCGCCUUUAUUUAUACAGAAAGAACUUCCAGAAGACAUUAAAUUUGUAUUAUGCGUCAGAGACCCAGUACAACGAGCCAUCUCAGAUUUUCGCCAUGAAUCUGAGCUGCAAGAGCGAAGAAAAUUUAAAGGCAGGGUAGAUCGUACAAAAUAUUUGUCUCAAAAUGGAAUAAUGCAAGGGCGUGAAUUUGAAAAAUUGGUGUUGACUCCGAACGGGGAGGUCAAUGCGUCAAAUGAGAUCAUUCGGACAAGUCUUUAUUUUACACAUUUUCAAAACUGGUUGAAAUAUUAUCCGAGGGAUCGGUUCUUAGUUAUUAAUCACGAUAACCUUCAGAAUGAUGUGUUAACGGAACUGAAGCGAGCAGAACAGUUCUUAGGUUUAAAGUCGUAUUUUAGAGCGGAUAUGUUUUAUUUUGAUGAAAGUAGGCAUGGAUCCUGCAUGAAAGGUAAACCUCGGCCAUGUCCCGCAAAGAGCACGCCCGGUUUCCUACCCAAAGCGCAGUUAAACCCUCAGUUACAAAAGAAGUUAUACGAUUUUUAUAGGCCAUACAACAAUGCAUUUGCGAAACUAAUUGGAAAGAGAUUUGCAUGGAUGAAUCAAUGAUAAUUGAUAUUCUGAGAUUGUACAGUAGAUAGGAAAGAAAACAUUAAUGGAUUUGAUAACCUUCAACCGUACUCUAACGUAAUUUGACCUAUCCUAGUUGAGUCAUCAAAUGCAUUGCCAACACAGAAAGCUGCUAGAUAAGACCUGUCCUAGAAAGUUUAUUAAAAAGUAACAAUCAGGUAUAUACUACAGUUUAAUAUUCAAGUGAAUUGCCAAAACAGAAAGGAUGGAUGAGUUAAAAGUAGCCAAUAUAUGCUCCUGCUAGGAGCUUUUUUUUAAUUUUUUUUUUUAAGCUAUCAUUUUUAUAGGCCUAUACUUAAUAUAAUGCUAUGAUGAUGUGCUAUUAUUUUUCUGUUGCACUUGUAUAACUGUAGGUCAAAGUUUAAAAUGCUAAUAGUGAUUUCUGUAUUAAUUUAUGUAUUUUUUUUUAAAGCGAUUAUGUCAGUGACAUGCAGUAUGAUUCUUAAUGUGUCUCACGAUGGAAUAUAGCCGCCAUGUCUUUUGCUUUUUUCGAAGUCCUGACUAAGCUAUGGCUCGUUUCUACUCUCAAACGUAACCGGUUGUUCAACCGGAGUAUUAAAAACACAUUGUUAAAUUUUGUAGUAGAACCAGGGUCCCCCAAAAACAUGGCUUAAGAUAAACGGUUAAGAACAUUGUAUAAUAUUUGAGCGGUUAUUUUUGGCACAUUUUCUCGUCAACAUGCAAAUACAGUAUUAGCUAUGACACCGGUGGCCUCGUUUCAGAUGAUUUUUUGCACUCAUCCCCUUCUGUUCUCAGCAUGCACAAAGAGUAACCAAAGUACUAUAUUACUAACUGUGUGUGAUUUUUGUUUUUCGGUUAUUACACCAAUUUAAGCUGGGCACACACUGCAUCCUACGACGGUCGUAUGACAAAUCCAACCAGUGACAACUAGGUGACGUGAUGCCGUCUGCUAAUUGUCUUUGGCAGUCUGAACAUCGUCAUUAAAAUUUGUCCGUUCCGCGCAUGUCGUUGCAUUGCAUUCUCCAUAGAAUCGCGUUGGUUGAUGACCGUUGUGUGCAUUUAGUACCCGGCUUAAUGCUUUUGUUAUACCGUUGCCAUGUUCAUUUGUGUUGCACUUUGGAGCAUAAACAUGUUACGUAGGAUUUUAAGCAGGAAUAACCUACAGUAAAUCUCCUAAUGAGAUUUAGAGAAUGGAAAUGUUUUUUUGAACGAAAAUUCUUGAAUCUUGUUUGGCUUGAGCUCAAGAGAGAGAAAGACAAUCAUUUUAUUUCAACAAGGAUAAUCAUGUUAAAUAUAAUCAAUUCAGUGUUUUAUCUUAAUUUUUUAAUGUGUUUUUAGGUUUUGUUACACUUGGUAUUUUUUGUUAGAACAUUUUGUAUGUAUAUUUAUCUAUUGUAUUAUUAUAAUAUACUGUAGUUUAUAUAGUCCUAAUAUUUUUGCUAAAAUAGUACUGUAUAAUGUAGGUUGAUUAUUAAAGUAUAGGUUAGUUAUUAAAGUACAGUAUACUUAUAUUCUUCAACUUUUCGAUAUUUUUCCAGAAUACGGAGUAUGAUUGUUUUAAAGACUGUUCCCACCCCUUAAUAUUGUCUUACUAUAUAUUACAACCUUCCACUGUCUUGUGGCAAAUUAUGUUAUUGUUGAAGGUAAUUUAACAAAUUUUAAAUUUUGACAUUUUUGGUUUAUUUUACAAGGGUACGCCAGAUGGAUUGUUUUAAAGGAGGGUGUGAAUAAAAACGAAAAAGAAAACAAUGAAACCAAGUGGCUGACUACCGUGUUCAAGCCAUAGUAUGGCACAGUGUUUUAUGGACACCACAAUUUUCAAAUCACUGUAUAAUAUAGUGUUCCAUGGAUACCACAGUGUUCAAACCAUACAGUGUUUUAUGGACACUACACCGUACUAAUCACUGUAUGUUGUAGUAUUCUAUGAAUACCACAGUGUUCAAGCCAUAUUAUGGUACAGUGUUUCAUGGACACCACAGUGUACAAAUCACUGUAUGGUAUAGUUUUCUAUGGAUACCACAGUGUUUAAGCCAUAGUAUGGUACAGUAUUUUAAGGACACCACAGUGUACAAAUCACUAUAGUGUUCUAUGGAUACCAUAAUGUUAAACUACAGUAUGGUACGGUGUGAUGCAUAACACUUUCAUAUAACAUAGUGGAUACAUUACCGGUAUGGUGCAGUAUUUUGUACCAAAUGCCAUGCUGUAUAAUUUCUAUACUAUUUUCUGUAACUGUAUACCAGCAGUGUGUGAUGCACUAUAAACCACAGUACAGUACAGUGUAUUCUGGCUAUUACAGUUCAUAUACAAUGGUGGUGUACAGUAUUUUUUUACUGCAUCAUCAUUCCUUUUUACUGUGAUCUGUCCUGUACCGCUUUCUGUAUUUUAAACCCACAAUGUUCGAUGUGCUGUACGGUAAACCAAAGUAUUGUAGAAUUUAACGUACUUUAUUGCCACAACCAGUAUUGUACAUUGUUUGUCCACACACUAUAAAAUUUUCUUUGACAAAGAACUGUUGUACCAGUAUGCCCAUAUAUAGUCAUGAUGUGCCUACGUAUUGUCAUGAUCUCGUCAUGACCAUAUUUAGACGUGUCACAUUGUUUUUGUCAAUCAGAUUUGAUAGUCUGGACAGAGAGCUUUAUGCAAAUCAAUUAUUGUUCUGUACUGGAUAUCACACAGUAUGGGACAAUUUUCUGUAAUGGUUAUCACAGAAAAGUACACUAUUAUUUAACUAUGUUGCUAUAUGGUGUGUGAAAUUUAAUUUAGUAGAGUAUGGUACAGUAUUUUGUUUACAGUAUUUUCUGACUCGAAAAUAAACAGAGGCAUGACAUUGUUAUCUUGAUGACUUUAGUUGACAUAUCUAUAAUAUCCUACAAUGGCAAUGAGUACAAUAGUUAUAUAUAUUAUAUAUAUAUAUAUA